AUGUACUUAGGCGCUGUGCACCGACGUCGCGCAUGCCCACCCGAGUUUGUGCGUGCGCUAUCGACGACAUCUGUCGUCGGCCGGCACACAACAACUCGCGUAGCGGCUGCUGGACGCGCGCCCCCUACGCCCUCAUCAACGGAAGCAUACUACCGACAGCGGCGCACUGAGUGGGUAUUUGUGGGCGUUGCAGGAUCAGCGGCAGCCUUUGGCACUUGGUACUAUUGGAAUAAGAUGGACUCUCGUAAUGCGAACGAGCCGCCACGACGCAAAUUUUCUCUGAGUGCGAGUGCGCCAACUUCUUUCACGAUCCCCGUGCGCUCGAAAGACACAGGCCAGCCGAUGUACCGCAUUAUUACGCCACUUACUGAAGACCAGGUCAAUGCGCGUCUGCAUGAAAAUGAGCACAGCACGCGAGUCGAGCGUCCGCCAGGUGCGUGCCUUGUAGCUCGCUACGAUACCAACAGUGUUGCAAGCAACGCGACAAAUGAAGACCGCCAUGCCGAGGUGAUUGUCGAACGAGAUCGCGGCAUCGAUGAAUUGCCAAUGUCGCGUCGGGAUUCGCGCGAUGCAGAUUCGCAGCCAGAGCGUGUGCGUGGUGAUUUGUGUUUCUUCACCGUUAUGGAUGGACAUGGCGGUGACUUUACGUCGCAGGUACUCUCUCGCAAGCUUGUGGCAUUUGUUGCGCUUGAGCUCGACAAGGUGUUCAAAGAGACGGGCGAGUAUGCAGAUAUGGCCCGCUCCAAACAAUCGGUUGCUGCUUCCGUGUGGAACACGCUAUUUGGCAGCAGGUCUGCGACCAGCAGUCAUCGACUCGCAGCGAUGGCACUUGACGGCGAUCCCGACAUUGUCACGCGCGCUCUGAUCAAAGGUUUCCGUGGUCUCGACAAGGAAAUCAUCAAUACACCGCUCGAAUUGCUUAAGCAAUACGAAUUGAGUCUCGCGUCUGUGUCGAAGAAGCACAGCGCAGGCGACGACGCACACUCGCUCUCGUCGCUCGCGCACAGUAUCUGGCCAUCGUCUCUGGGCCAGCCCAAGAAUACGUCCUUCUCCACCAUGUCGCAGGGCUCAGCCUUCGAGAGCAUAUUGCCUGCCAUCAGCGGAAGCUGUGCGCUGAUGGUAUAUGUCGACAGCGCACGCCAUGACUUGUAUGUCGCAUCGACGGGCGACUCGCGCGCCGUCGCUGGCUACUGGGACGAACGUGCCGGCCGCUGGGAGGUCGAGGCACUCAGUGUGGACCAGACAGGACGCAAUCCCGCCGAGGUCAGGCGCAUUCAAAGAGAGCAUCCACCCGAAGAGGCACCGUAUGUGAUCCAGCGCGGCCGUGUACUCGGUGGUCUUGAACCGACUCGCGCGUUUGGUGAUUCCCGCUACAAGUGGGACCGUCGCACACAGCAGCGCAUAGCCGAGGCAUUUUUGCCCGACAAGUACCGGCGCGGUGUGCCGCGUGCCCUGAAAACGCCGCCUUACGUGACGGCGGAGCCCCUAGUCCAGUGGCGUCGUCUUCGACCACUCGCUGACACUAUAGCUGCAUCCGCCGCGUCCGUGCCAGCGUCGACAACGAUCGCUAAGACAACGACGAAGACGACACCGGAAGCUACUGCACAGGCUAUGCCUGAUGGUGUCAAGGUAUCUUCUUCAACAUCGACAAGUCCUUCACCGGCCACAACCACGCUUGCCGCGCCAUCUUCGUCGUCCAAGUCGCCCGCACGCGAGUUACGCUUCAUUAUUAUGGCGACGGAUGGUCUAUGGGAUCUCAUGUCAAACGAAGAAGCCGUCGGUCUGGUAGCUGGUCACCUGGCUGGCAUGCGUGGCACCAUACGGGCCGAUGUUUUACAACGCAUGUGUUUUGAGCCGCUUUCAAAGACCGUUCCUGAUAUUUCUGGAUCAGGACUCGCAUCAGAUGCACGCACAUCCGCGAAAGAUGCGACAGCUACAUCGUCGGAAGUGCCUCAGCAACAUGGGCCCGCGCACCCGUUGCUCAAGUCACCCAGCAACCAGCAGACGUUUACUUUCGAAGACGACAACCUCAGCACCCAUCUUGUACGCAAUGCAUUAGGCGGUGCUGCUCGCGAGCGAGUGGCUGGUCUCCUGGCCAUCCCUAGUCCCGAAUCCCGCCGGUUCCGCGAUGAUAUUACCGUGAACGUGAUCCUUUUCCACACCGCAGCGCAAGCCUCGUCCCAUCAUCUCCAUCACCAGAACCACAGCUCCACCUCCGCGUCGUCAUCCAGAGACUCAACAGCGUCUGUGCCCAACAACAACCAAACGCCCGUUGUCACCGCGAAAUUGUAA